GAUCAGCUGAUCUGACCUGGCAACAAAAUAACGUAGCUAGAGAAGUCUGCUAGGGAGGGGGCUGAAGAACAAAACAAUGACACUGCUUGGAAGGAUCCAAACACAGUAAGACUUUUAAAAAAGACUUUUAAAACGGGAUCGCGCGGAUUUCCUUCCCGUUUAAAAAAAUAAAGAGUCCGCGGACACCCGAGCUUUUGACAUCGACUGGCUGUUGUUUUUGUUGAUAUGUUGUUACAGCUCUGUUGACAGACUGGAGGCUUGCUGCUUGUUAGGACGGGCUAUAAACUGUUAAGGCUCGCUGGCCCGCUAAUUACAGGUUUUCUUUGCAAAAAGUUGAAACUGUCUGUCGAAACCAACUAGCAGUUAGCUACAUAUUGCUGCUUUGUUGCCAAAUUAUUCACCGACUUUGCCAGCGAGCUAUUGAGGGUCAGUUUGCUAGCUAGCCUGUUGUUAGCAUCAGUAUUUGCACAUUCAUCUUUUCAGGGAGAAUUCAUUGUCUCGGGUUGGUACGAGCACACGUUUUUGUAUUAUUUUAGUUUUAUUCGCUAACGUUAGGUAUAUUUUUAAGUAAUCCUGCUGCUAACUGCUAACUUCACUACACAAACAAGCUAACGUUAACUGUUAAGCUAGUGGUAAAAACACAUCAGGUGUUAAGUUACUCACAGAGACGGCUGUUUCUGCUUUAUUGCUUCACUCUUAGUUGCACUGAAUUAACGUUACAUCAUUAAACCAGUUUUAUCAGUUAUAUUGUUGAGACUAAGUGACUCACUAACCCUCGUACCAUGCAGCUGUUUUAAGUUGAUUUAGUCAUUGUAUUUGUCCAUUUCAGUUGUCAGUAUUAUCGCCUGUUGUACAUUUUUCAUUAACUUGUAUUGGGACUUGUUUGUGCUGUUGUCAAAGGUGUUCCACUAAGCCUUGCUCUGUUUUCAAUUGACCUUGUAAGAAACGAUGAGUGGGCAUGGCUCAUAUUCAGAAAAGGGAGUCAAUACUAGCCUAAUAUGUCAAGAGAGUUAUGCCUGUGGUGGCUCUGAGGAGGCUGCGUUUGAGUGCAAUGAAUGCAAAAGCUUGCAGUGUGCGCGCUGUGAGCUCGAGCUCCACAAUCAGGAGCGUCUGAAGAACCAUGAGCGGGCUCAGAUAGGUCCUGGGCAUGUCCCUUACUGUGACAACUGUAAAGGAGGUAACGGAGACAACGGCAAACGCCAUAGAUCAGUGGUCCGCUGCCAGAACUGCAAAGUUAACUUGUGCCAAGACUGUCAGAAACGCACCCACAGUGUAGGCAGCAAGAAGAAACACCAGCUCACAUCCUAUCCUCCACCACCCAAACCUGCAGAGGUCAACUCUGUCCAGACAGCUGUCCCUACUGCUGUCCAAAUAGCCGAUGAGAUCAAAUCUCAGAGAGAAAAACUUCUGGUGAAGGUUUCCAGUUUUCUCUUGGUUGAUGAGAAUGAGGAAAUGCAGGUUAGAGAUGAAACGUCAUUUGUAAAGAGCCUGAGCUGCGAGCCCGACCAGCUGUUGAAGGUGGUGUCCAUAUUUGGAAACACAGGAGAGGGCAAAUCUCACACCCUGAACCACACAUUCUUCAUGGGGAGAGAAGUGUUCAAGACUUCUCCCACACAAGAGUCCUGUACGGUGGGUGUGUGGGCAGCGUUUGACCCCAUCCGAAAAGUAGUAGUUAUUGAUACAGAGGGGCUGCUUGGGAACAGUUCCAAACAGGGCCAGAGAACCCGUCUCUUGCUCAAGGUUCUCGCCAUCUCCGACCUCAUCAUUUACCGUACCCAUGCCGACCGCCUCCAUGAUGACCUCUUCAAGUUCCUCGGGGACGCCUCGGAUGCUUACUUGAAGCAUUUCACCAAGGAACUGAAGGCCACGACGGCCCGCUGUGGCCUGGAUGUUCCACUGUCCACCCUGGGCCCUGCGGUGGUCAUCUUUCACGAAACAGUCCACACUAAGUUGCUCGGUUCAGAUAAGUCAUCUGAGUCAGUAGAUCGUCUGCUGUCGGAGCGCUUCAAGAAGCUUUCCCGUUUCCCAGAGGCCUUCAGUUCUGUCCAGUACUGGGGAACGCAGACCCUCAGCCCCCCUACUGACUUCCGUGGCCUGCAGAAUAAACUGGAGCAGCUCCUGGAUAACAACGCCACCCGUUCCCCACGCACCCCAAUGGUCAUCUUCAAAGCCCUGCAGGCAUUGAGUGAGCGCUUCAAUGGGGAAAUAACAGGUGAGCUUGUUGCCCACAGCUGCUUCUUCCCUGAUGAGUACUUCACCUGCUCCAGCCUGUGCCUGGGUUGUGGAUCUGGCUGCAAGAACAGCAUGAACCACUUAGUAGAAGGAAUGUGCCACGAGGCAAAGCAUCGUUGCCGUUAUUCUGCUCAGUAUGAUAACCGCAUCUACACCUGUAAGGCUUGCUAUGAAGGGGGAAAGGAAGUGAUAGUUGUCCCUAAGACCUCAGCUUCCUCAGACUCUCCAUGGAUGGGCCUCGCCAAAUACGCCUGGUCUGGGUAUGUUAUUGAAUGUCCCAACUGCGGAGUGAUUUAUCGAAGCCGUCAAUACUGGUACGGGAACCAGGACCCUGUGGAUACGGUUGUCCGUACUGAGAUCCAACAUGUAUGGCCAGGGUCGGAUGGCUUUUUAAAGGACAACAGCAAUGCAGCGCAGCGUCUCCUGGAUGGAGUCAACCUAGUGGCCCAGUCUGUGUCAGAGCUCAGUGUCAAGCCUGCCAAGGCCGUCACCUCUUGGCUGACAGAUCAGAUCGCCCCAGCCUACUGGAAACCCAACUCCCUCAUUUUGGUGUGCCAUAAGUGUCACACAGUCUUCCAGGACAACGACACCAAGCAUCACUGCCGUGCCUGUGGGGAAGGCUUCUGCGACGGCUGCUCAUCCAAAGCUGUGCCCGUCCCUGAGAGAGGCUGGGGUCUUGCCCCUGUCAGAGUCUGUGACGUCUGCUUCGAGCAGAGAGCUUCAUACGCAGAGCUGCUUGAGGCAGAGCUCGAGGAGGAAGAAGGCGGAACCCUCGCCAGGAAGGUUGGAGAAGCAGUGACCAACACCAUAGGGGUUGUGGUCACAGCUAUUGACAUCCCACUUGGCCUAGUGAAAGACGCAGCCCGUCCUGCCUACUGGGUGCCUGACCAGGACAUCCUGUCCUGCCACAACUGCCAGCGCGAGUUCACUGCCAAGCUGUCCAAGCACCACUGCCGCGCCUGUGGUCAAGGAGUGUGUGACGACUGCUCCCCGGAGCGUCGGCCUGUUCCAUCGCGGGGCUGGGACCACCCUGUGCGCAUUUGCACCGGCUGCAACCAGAAACCCGGAGAACUUUAACGGGGACGGCCUUCCUUCCUCAGAGCGCCGGAGAGAACCACUCACUCAGCUCGCAGUCUGUCACUGCUUUACCUCUGUUACUGUAAUGGUUCUGUCUUGUAUCUGUGGAAAGGAAGUUUUAGGCGCAUAUAUAUAUAUAUAUAUAU